AGGUUAACGGCUUGACAAAAUGCUUUUACCUGCAUGGUGAUAGCAGUGGAACACUCUCUUCUUCCUCAGAAGUGAAUAGAGAGUUGCCGGGGGUAAAGAAAAGAGUGACUUUCAGAGAGUGACUCACAGAAGAGGAGGGGUGAGUAGGGGAGGAGAAGGCAGAGCAGAGCUCUGCUGUGUAUUUGCAGUGGCACGUUUCCAGUCUUUCAUACAGGUUUUUUUUUGUCUGUUAAAUUUGUUUUUGAUGUUUUUUGUUCCCAGCAAGUGUGGAACUAUAUCCCCCCCAGUUCAGGACUGGCAUUAACAGGAUUCUCCGCGGGUAGACGGGUGUGUGUGUGUGUGUGUGUGUGUGUGUGUGUGUGUGUGUGUGUGUGUGUGUGUGCUUACGUCUGAGAGGGGUGUCUCAAGCCAAAACACUGACAGUCCUUCUGCUCUGGGGGUUGUCCUUAUCUGACAAUAGAGGGGAGUUUCAAAAGAGGUGGGGGUGGAGUGAGAUGGAGAGAGCAUGGGAUAGAGAGAGGGAUGGAAAGAGUGACAAGGAAGGACAGAUUGCAGCCCUGAACACAAGGAGGAGGCAGCUGGUAUGGGCUUGGACUUGGACCGCUCAAAGCAGAUUCCUUUCAGCUCCGCGACUUAUCUUUCUCCAGAAGCUCUAACCACUUGGCCAGGGGAGAGACUUAGCUGCCUUGAGUGUCCAGGUGCCCUGUAAAAGAAGUUCCGCUGUCCAACUUGUCUAGGCUUGUCUAGCUCUCCCCUCUGCCAUGGUGUCAGUCUAGACAUGGUGGUCUAGACAUGGUGGUCUAGACAUGGUGGUCUACCUGAGGAAAAACAUUCGCGCUCUGUUUUCUGUCUUCAAGAAGAAGGGUCCCAAGGGAAAGGACGAACAGAAGCGUCUGACAGUGCAUUACACAGCCUCCCAGCACUACCAGGAGAAUGUGUUCAUCGAGGGCAGCCGGCCUCAGUACCUGGAGGCCCUGCACACCGAGGCUCGGGAGGGCCUCAAGAUCCAGCAGCAGGAAGAGCACAUGAAUGGAGCAGAAGUCCAAGAUGACCAGAGCAUCGCCUCCACAAGCACUCUCCAGACGAUGUCGGAAUCUUCCGGCCCCAAAGACAGGGACGGAUCACCGGAAACCGGGAGCACGAACGGGAAUUCUGUUGCCGCGGCAACCUCGUCCGCGCCAGCGGCGGCGUCCGACAGGCCUGUGCUCACGCGCCAAGGCUCUACGUUUAAGCCUCUGAACCCGGUGAAGAGAUUCGACAAGAACCGCAGGCGGAGCAGAAGGACUACCAUCACGGGCAUACCCCAACAGGUCCAGAGGGAACUAGCUUUGCACCGAGGGUCUAUGUACCAGCAGGGAGCGUCCUCCCAGCUCCCCAACGGUGGCAAACUGGGUAGCGAGGGCGUUGUUGUCAUUCCCACCAUCGAUGGUGAGACUGCUGUGGGCAGUCCCGAGGGAGCGAGGGUAAACCUGUUAGAUCUUGAGACGUCUAGAGAGGAGCAGUUACUGCGCCAUCACCUCCAGGUGGUGUAUAAGGACGAGCAGGACUUCAGCCACCAUCGUUUGGGCUCCAGGCUCUCUCCUGUUUCCUCGAAGAGGCCCAAAUCCCUGGCUGUUCCAGGCAUGACCUCGCCCUCCUCCACCAGCUUCCACUUCCUCCAUGAGCCCUAUGGUCCAGUGAUGUCCAUCUCACCCCAGGCCACCUACCUUUCCAAGAUCAUCCCUAACGCCAUCCUUCCAGCCUCCAUCGACGUGAUACAGAUCGACCGCAGCAACAUCCAAAACCGUGGCAACAGCAUCAACCACGGUGGAUGCGGACGCGCAGUCAGCAGGAGCAGUCUCGGGUCUGGCGGCUCGUCAGCCAGCCCCGCCUCAUCACGGAGGCUGGGCGGCGAAGGUUCCAACACAGACAGUUUCCACAGCAACCCCACAGCGGCCCAACCUGCAGCCUCCGGUUCCAACUGCAACCAAUCACAAUCCUCUGACACUAUCAUUUCAAACUCCUCCACCAUCUCCUCUAAGGGGAGUCCCGGCGAGAGCGAGCCCCAGAUAAAGACUCGUGUCAGGGAAGGGGGUCCGUCCAAAAUGACGGCCGGAGACCAGGACCUGGUGAGCCUUCAGAGCUCAGCUAGUUGGGUUAGUGGGACCAGCAGCAUUGGUGGAAGUGGUCAUGGCUCGGAGCAUGGUAUAUCAGGGUCUGCAAGUGCUGGGGAGAACUUAGGGGGGGACAGUGUUAGGAACAGCCGGUCUUUUACUCGCAGCCUCUCCAUUAUGAAGACCAAGUUACCCCCGGCUCCACCUCGUAGGACCAACUCACUGCAUCAUGACACGGUGAUGAAGAGUCGGUUUGGAGAACUGGCGGAUGUCAAAGACCUCAGUGAUUCUUUGUCUGGGGAAGUGGAGGCUGGGACACACAGUCCGGUCAGGGAAGAAAAUCGUGUGGCCUCGGAUAAGUCGCAGUGUCCGGCCCUAGUUUCUGAAUCUCCAGAUUCUAGAUCUCUGGAGGAAUCCAGGUCUUCAGCCUCGUCUGGUCUGAGCCCCACACAGACCUCCCCUGGAGCUGGGGAAGCACCUGAUCCCCAGGCUGUCUCCAGCAACUCCUCCCCACAGAACACACCCUGCGAAGGGGGGAAAUUUGAAAGGACCAUGUCCCCUUCCAGUGGUUACUCCAGUCAGAGUGGCACCCCUACACUUUCUCCCAAAGGGAUUUGCCCCACAUCUCCCUGCCCAGGCAAACAGAAGAAGAAGCCGGUGAAACCGGAGAGGUCUGCUUCUAGAGCCUCCUCUGCAGCCUCGGCAUCGUCCUCUCUCACCUCGUUAUCCUCCUCCACCUCUGAACCUGUCAAUCACGAGACACAGGCCAAUAGUCCCAGUCCGCCUCAGCGGGAAUCCCCGCCCCCUGUGGCUAUGACAACCAAAAAGGCGGCGCUGUCGAACCAGGCCCCUUCGCCUGGAACAGCGGUGAUCCGAGAGCUGUUCAACGUUCCGCCACCCCCCAAAGUCAAGGCCCCCUCCCCCCCUCCUCCAGAAACCUGGGCUCACAACAGACGGACUUUUGAGCUGUUGUGCGGUCCUUGCCCAAACGCCACCAGGCUAGCCCAGCUACAGACACAACACCAGUUGAAAGAAACCAAAACAAAGGCAAUGACACAGACCGAAGUUAGCAACAAAUCCCAAAGUCCUCCAGCUGAACAGCAUUUAGUAGAGGAAGCUGUUUUGCCUUCAUCGGAGAAGGCUGAACUACAGUUGGUGAAGGAUCCCGAGCGUAUUAGUCAGGAAAGUAAAAGUGCUGAAUGUUUGAGUACAGAGCAAAGAAGUCGAUCGGUAUCUGAAAAAGACGAAGCAAGGGAGGUGAUCCAGAGACAGGAGGACUGUAGCGGUCCAGUUAAGGAGAGUGAGAGACUAGAAUGUUUAGCUGUAGCAAAGAAAGAACCUCCUCCUGUCAUGAAGAAAAGUACCCAAAUGUUGCUAAGAAAAGAACACGUUAAGUCCGCUGAAUGUCAACAACAGAAACAGGUUGACGACGUCACAACAACUGUGAUUGUGCAGUCACCCGCAGGGAACGGAUCCGCCUCAACCCCUAAGGUCGACGCAGAUUGCAAGUGUAAGGAGGGUGAAGUGAAUACUAAAAGCACUCAAGAGAAUCCUCCUGUAUCUCGGCUAACCAUGUCUGUGGAUCCUCCUAAAACGGACAAGAUCUCCCCUCCACCAUCUCCACCUCCAGCCCACCACCCACCCCCUCCUCCCCUCAAAAAGACCCCUCCAUCUUCAGUGUCCUCUCUCCCAUCUGAAGAGGUGGUGGUUGAGGAGGAGGGAGUCUCCAUGAUGGAAACCAGCUGGCCUCCUCCACCUCCGCCUUUGGAUGCUGUCUUCGAUGGACCAGAAGAGAUGGAUUUCCCUCCUCCACCUCCUCCGUUCACGACGGAGUGCUUGCCAGAUGUGGUGGAGAGUUGCUCCACACUCCUGACGGUCCCUAACGAUCCCACUCAAGCUAUUGAGGAGGUUGGAGCAACAAUGAACGGGGAAUGUGCAAAUGUGUCCUCCAUCGCGGUUCAGAUUGGUAUGGAACAGUUUAGACCGGAAGUAGCUGGUCAAUCGAAGACUACUACCAUCAUCUAUGAGGUCCCAGAACUAGAACAUCAACUAACUUCACCAGGUUCACCAAUUGUUGACUCGAUUCUCAACAAUGAGAGAGAGGAAGGUGUCACCAAAGAGCCAAUGACAAACCAAGAAGAGACCGAUCUCUUAAUCAAUACUUGCCAUUUACAACAUUUCCCACCCCCUCCACCACUUGAGGCACCUUACCCACCACCAACAAUAUCAGUGAAGGAAUCUUCUGGAAGUUAUCCCCUGGUACCUCCACUUAGCAUCCCCCUACCUCCCCCUAUACCAUUUGAAGAUCAACCUCCCUCACAUCCUCCUGUGAGUGCUCCAUGUCCUCCCCCGAUCAAUGUCCUGUCUCCGCCCCCUCUACCAGCCGAGAACCAAUCAGCCCCAGGAGUGACCUUCAGGAGGCAGCCCAGUUUGAUGAACCGGGAAGCCAAGAACAAAGAGCUUCUGUCACGACACAAAAUUUCGCCCAUCCCGAAGGAGGACGCCAACAUCCCCCUGGUCACACCCUCCCUGCUCCAGAUGGUACGGCUCAGAUCUGUCAAUGUUGGAGAGGAGCAGGCCAACAUCCAAUCAGAGGGCAGUUCGACCAACGGGUCGAGUCAGGAACAGAGUUUAACGUCAACCCCAGGAACCCAAAUCAUGCCACAGAAACCCAUUAGGAAGUCUCUGUCUCUUAAAUCCCCUCAUCCAUCACUAAAGUCUCCAUCUGUGACACUUAACGCCCCAUCCACGCGACUGCAGGAGGCCAUCCGUAUGAAAACCGCCGCCAUGUCCUCCAGAAACGGCCUACCAAGCCGCCUGAGAAUGCAUUCCUCCACAUCAUCCACCACGAGCAGCAGCAGCGCUGGCGAACCUGGGGUGCAAUCCCUAAAGUCACCUGAAGGGGGAGGGGACCUACACAAGUCCCCUGCCUCCACCGCAAGCUUUAUCUUCUCCAGGAGCGCAACCAAGGUAAUCAUUGAAACGCCAACUGCCUCCACCCCAGAAACUCAGGCAAACCUCAGACAAAGCCUGGCCGCCGAGCUCAUGCAGGUCUCAGAACAGGCCUCUGCUCCGGUCUCCAACGGUGUCGGCCAGAAAUCUCAAUUGUUACGAAAGCCUGGCAAAGUUCCGCCACCUGUUGCCAGGAAACCGGCCCCCGGAACCACCAACAUGCAGGAGAUGCCUGCAGGUUCUGAAGGGGAGGUGAAGAUGGCAGCAGAAGCUACCAGAAGCACAGACGUUGUGCAGCCUGCUAGCCAGCUGGUGUCUCCAAACCAGCAGACAGAGUGUAAUGCAGAGGCUUCAGACUGUUGACUGUUGCCAUUUUGAGACGUGCGCUUAUGUGGACUGAGCUGAAGCCAGAGGGAUGAAGCCAAGACUAGGAAUGACCGGAUCCUUAAUGAAAGAGAGAGAGACGAGAGGGAACUUCCAACAUCCGAGUUUUCUAAUGUGUCUAUUGUCUUCUGCACACCACAAGCCUUAGCCUAUCACGGCCUAUAUUUAUGCAACAACAAAAAUUGGUCUCCAUUUAUUUGAUGUUAUAGCUUUAUUCUGGAGUAUUUUUCUAGACCUUCAUGUCUUCCAGUCCGUUCUGGCAAUGUCCCCCCAGCACAAUGGAAGUAUUGCAACAGGAGGUUUUGUAAAUAAGGCAAUCUAAUGUAAUGUUUAGGGAAGAGUGCCCUCUAAGGGCCGGAGUAGGUAGAGCACUCACUGCAGUUCAAAGACUGACCAGUUACUUCUUUGUUGUUGUAUAUUAUCAUUCAAAGCUGUCUUAUUUUACUUUUACUGAAAUAAGGAUUUCUUGUAAAAAAUUAAACAUGCAUUUUUCUCAUUUUGACUCCAACAAUAGGCCACAAUUACAAUUGAUAUUUAAAUUUCAAAUAUGAUUGGAUCCUUUGGAUUCUCGUUGAUCAUUAGGUUCUGAGAAGACAAAUGGUUGAACGUUAAACGAUUCACUUCAAAAUAAUUUGGGAUAAUUUUCUUGAAAUGUGUUUGUUGGUAAAUGAGAAAAAGGGAUGCUUAUAAAACCUUAGAUUAAAGACCACUUUUCAGUUGUUAAGCACUUUGUGAACCACAUACAGUGAGAUGUUGAAGGCUAAGUACAACAGUAUUUCCAAAGUAACCAUGGUAGUCUUUCUGGAAGCAAUGUUAAAACAACAAUAGUCGCUUCCAAGUUCUUGACCUCCAAAUUUGGAGGCGCACAAUAUUUUUCUAGACUAGACUGCUUAUACAUUUAAAUACACUAUUUAUGGACUCAAUUCAGUUUUUAUUUUAUUUAUGUUUUCUUGUAUUAGAUCACAUUCUUUGUCUUUAAGCAAUGUCCAUUUCUGUAAAACGCAUAUUGUGGUUAUGAAUGCCAUUGUUACAAAAUGUUCUAGAUUUAUAUUUAGGAAUGCAAAUUUUAUAUUUAUCAUCACACAUUAAAAUACUGAUUAACACACUGGAUUAAGGAAACCAAUUGCGACAGCAGAAGUUGUCCUUGUUAAACUACUUACAAACCUUACCUGAAUCAUAUUAUCUAGACCUCAGCCCAAUGUGGAACCAUUUGCUCAACUUUGUACAAUUUAAUGCUACCCACGGCCAUCAAAGUUCCCUUAAAUAUUUUUUUUUUACUCUACCCACAAGUCAUAAUGCCAUGUAUAAGUGAUGAUUUUAAAUCAUUUAGAAUAAUGUACAGCUGUUUCUUUGUUAUGAAAAGAGUAUACAUGAUUAAAGUGUAUUACAAAUCCUA